AUGGAGUCGGUUCCCGCUCCUUACCAAGAAGUUCAACCGCACUGGUUCUUCUGUUAUCGGGCCGAUGACAACACAUCCUGGCUUCCUUUUAGCAGAGAAGACUCCGACAAACUAGAGGAUGCUUUCCAAACUAGUGGAAAAAAGACUGAUGAUGUGGUUGUUGCUGUGAACGGGGAGCGGUAUGAUGUACAUGUCAAGGAAAGGAAUCGCUACGCUGUAUAUUGGGAGCAAGCUCCAACUGAAGUCCGCCGCUGCACCUGGUUCUACAAAGGAGAUAAGGACACCAAGUUCAUGCCUUAUGCCGAGGACUUCAGCAAAAAUCUGGAGGAAGCCUACAUGAUAGCAGUGACGUUGGAUGAAUGGAAGAAGAAACUGGAGUUUCCCACUGGAGAAACAGUCAUCUUACACAACCCUAAGCUGAUAAUGCAGUAUCAGCCGAUAGGACUGCAGGAGGACUGGGUUUCUUCUCCGUCAGAGCAGACUCGACCACGCACGGUGAAGAGAGGAGUAGAUAGCAUCUCUGUAGAAAUACCUGACGGGGAACCAGAAGCCGUGGACCACCUUGUCUUUAUGGUGCAUGGCAUCGGUCCCGCCUGUGAUUUACGCUUCAGAUCCAUCAUACAGUGUGUAAAUGACUUCAGAAGUGCUUCGCUGUCCCUCCUGGCCUCCCAUUACAAACGUGCACUGGAGGAAGGCCAGGUUGGCCGAGUGGAGUUCCUUCCAGUCAACUGGCACAGUGCUCUGCAUGGGGAUGCCACUGGCGUGGAUGAGGACAUCCAGAGGAUCACUUUGCCCAGCAUCAGCAGGCUGAGACAUUUCACCAAUGACACGUUGCUGGACUUAUUUUUCUACAACAGCCCCACCUACUGCCAGACCAUAGUGGACACAGUGGCCUCAGAGAUCAACAAGCUACAUGCCCUCUUUAAGCAGAGACACCCAGAAUUCAGUGGGGCAGUUUCAGUGGUGGGCCAUAGCCUGGGUUCUCUGAUCCUGUUCGACCUGCUUACCAAUCAGAGAAAUGGAUCUCAAGCUAGAGAGGGGGUACAACAUGACACGGCGCCUGCUGGUGAGUUAUCUCUGAACAGGGACACGCUGGAACACACCCUGAGCAAACUGGGCCUGCAGCAAUACCUGGAUGUGCUGCAAAGAGAAAGCCUUGACAUGGAAUCACUGUCUCUCUGCCAAGACGGGGAUCUCAAAGAUUUAGGAAUUCCACUUGGACCUCGGAAGAAGAUCUUAAACUACAUCAAAAGGAAGUUCCUUCCAGCGAAAGCUGCAGCUCAACAGCCACAUUCAGAAUUUCCACCUCAUGCAGCCUGUGAUGGUAACAAGGAUUCUCCAGAGAUGAGCCCCCAGCAGUCCUACUUCCACCGAGCGCAGUCGGUCACCAGUCCUGUCGACUAUGAAUACUUCGAUGUCGGCAUUGGGCAGACCAAUGGAGGCAUAGCCAAGGGACAGGUUUCGAUUGAUUACCCACAAUUAGCGUUCCAGCCUCAGACUUUUUUUGCUUUUGGCUCUCCUAUUGGAAUGUUCCUGACUGUGCGUGGACUCAAACACAUUGAUCCUAACUACUCUUUCCCGACAUGCAAAUGUUUUUACAACAUCUAUCAUCCGUAUGAUCCUGUUGCCUAUCGGAUAGAGCCAAUGAUUGUUUCAGAGGUGGAUGUGGAGCCCAUGCUAAUACCUCACCACAAAGGCAGAAAGAGGAUGCACCUGGAGCUAAAAGACAGCUUGACCCGAAUGAGUAUGGAUCUGAAAAACAAUGUCCUGGGAUCGCUGCGGACCGCCUGGCAGUCCUUUGCCAGACUACCUGUUGCUGCACUGGAGGAAGGAGAAACUACACAUGACACAAACUCUCUGGAAUCAGAGGUGGUGUUUGCAGAGGCUGAGCCCCCAGUGUCAGUGGAGCAGCCGGAGCAACCUGAGAUCAAGAUGGGGAUGUUGAACGGAGGACGACGGAUUGACUACGUGCUUCAGGAGAAACCCAUCGAAAGCUUCAACGAGUACUUGUUUGCCAUUCAGUCACAUCUAUGUUACUGGGAAUCGGAGGAUACUGCUCUCCUGCUGCUGAAGGAGAUUUACGACAAGAUCGGUGUGGCCUUUGAACAGCCACAGCAGUAA